AUGUGCUCUCAAACCCAAUCACCACUAUUCGGUGUCAUCCCUGCGGAGAUUCGGAACGAGAUUUUCUGGCUUGCGUUGCAGGAGUUUGAUAACCCUGAGACGUUGUACCCUAGAGAAACAUAUUACACUCGGCCAGGGCAAAUGGGGCCGAAGCGCAUUGAGGUAGCAUUGCUAAGGACAUGUAAGAGAGUGUACGAAGAAACAAAAGUGAUACCAUUGAGCAAUACGGUCGCCUGCAUAUAUCUUGGUAGUCAGAUGAGGGCUCCUAAAGAUUAUAUUCGAGUUGGUGAGGUCUUUGAACUGCAUCACAUUCGGAGAUUCCGAGCCCAAUACUGGUCAGCCCUUAAACACGUUCAUAUUUUAGCGCAGCUAUACGCUUUAAAUGCACAAAACAUACACCACGUUUUCCUUCAAAAUCACCUCCGACCCGCUAUAUCGCCAUCAACAGUAACUAUCACGAUUCGAUACACGGAUUGGUGGUACUGGGAGCAAAAUACCGCCCACCAGUUGACAGUCCAUGAGGUGGUUGAAUGGGGACGAAUGCUAUUCCCCGACUCAGUCACCGAGAUUGUCUUGGAGUUAGAGACCAUUGAGACAAAGGUAAAGGAAGUGGACGCAAUUGUGGCCAUGAUUACGAGGACACCACAUCAGUGGGCCUUCGGUCGGAGAGAUGGAAUAAGGAUGCUGCCUAGCUUAAAGAAGGGUGUCAAGGAAUGGAAAUGGCAGGGCCCGACAACUUUUGGGGAGCGGAGUAGAGUGUCCCGAGACCACAUCAUCUAUCCGCACCACCCAAAAGGUGAUACAAUGGGCUAUGUCGUCAAGGCCUUGACUUGGGUUCCUGAGGCAUUGACUAGGGGGGGGCCUUCUUCUGGCGAAUAA